AUGCCUGCAUCUCCUCCUGUCAGCACCCUUUUUGGCUGCCCUGACUCUCAUCUCCAGCUGGAAAUGCUGGUCCAGGACCAUGAAACACACAAAGUUUACAGGCAGAAACUGGAAGAAGUCACCAGCUUGCAGACAGCCUGCAGCAGCUCCAUACAGAGGCAGAAGAAGACACUAAGGGAUCUGAAGCACAGCCUGCAACGGUGCAAGCCCAGAGCGAGUCCUGAGGAGUUUGCUCUCAUUCAGGAGAUCAGCAACCAGAUCAAGGAGAGGCAGAAUGCCUUCUUUGACAUGGAAGCCUACCUGCCAAAGAAGAACGGCCUGUACUUGAAUCUGGUGCUGGGAAACGUGAAUGUAACUCUCCUGAGUAACCAAGCAAAGUUUGCCUACAAGGACGAGUAUGAGAAGUUCAAACUUUAUCUGACAAUAAUCUUGUUACUUGGGGCUGUUGCCUGUAGGUUUUUUCUGCACUAUAGGGUGACAGAUGAAGUGUUUAACUUUCUGUUAGUGUGGUAUUACUGCACGCUGACGAUACGGGAAAGCAUUCUCAUUAGCAAUGGGUCAAGGAUCAAAGGCUGGUGGGUGUCCCAUCACUACGUUUCCACGUUCCUGUCUGGAGUGAUGUUGACGUGGCCAGAUGGACUCAUGUAUCAGAUGUUUCGCAGUCAAUUUUUAGCAUUUUCAAUAUUUCAGAGCUGUGUUCAGUUCCUACAGUAUUAUUACCAAAGGGGCUGCCUCUAUAGGCUCCGGGCUUUGGGGGAGAGAAACCACUUGGACCUUACAGUGGAAGGAUUUCAGUCCUGGAUGUGGCGGGGGCUGACGUUUCUCCUUCCCUUCUUGUUCUUCGGGCAUUUCUGGCAGCUAUAUAAUGCAAUCACGCUUUUCGGACUGUCAAGGCACAAGGAGUGCAAAGAAUGGCAGGUUUUUGUGUUGGCUUUCACGUUUCUGCUGCUCUUCCUCGGGAACUUCCUCACUACUCUCAAGGUGGUGCACACUAAACUCCAGAAAAACAAAGACAAAGUGAAGAAGCUGUGAACCACCCCAUUCAUAGUGUGCAUCCCUCUGCCUGCAGCAGGGCUGGGUUUGGGACAGAUCCUGCUAAAGCCCAGCUCGGACAGAUGGGCUCGGGAGGACUCAUCUGUCCCCGUGUUUGGCAAAGGACUCUGCCAGCACAGACUCAGUAUUAUCUCAAGCAUGGCUCUCCAGUCUGCAGUCCUGCUAUUUAUGUAUAUUUAAUAUAAAACAUGUUUGCUUCUGGGUUUUUUUUUUUCUUCUGUAUAUAGAGCAGCAUGCACCUGCCUGGCAAAGCGCCAGCGUUGGGGGAAUGUGGGAUCUACUGUAAUUCCAAUUCUGGAAUGAUACUUAACACUUUCCAGUUUUAUUAUUUAAAUUCUGGUAAUUGAAUUUGCAAAGGGUUAUAAACACUCUGGGUGGAUCCAGGAAUACAGAGCGAAUGCUGUUUUUCAAGGCAUUUGUUUAAGGCAUAUUUUCAGUGGCAAUACUAAACCUGUGUGUACUGUGAAAAGAAAGUGCUCAUCUUUGUACCAUACUGCUGCUAUAUACACUUUUAAAAAGCCGUUUAAAGAAGAGAAAUUCUCUUUAGAAAACAAAAUCAAGCAAGCAAAAGGGGUUUUUAAAUGGCAGGGAAGUCUGCUAUCCCUUUUCCAGGGAGACCGAGUCAUCUGUCCAGGCCUGAAAGGACCUAAAAUAAACCAUUCAAUAUG